UUUCACAGAUGAUAUAAUACGCUGUCUGUGGUUAUCUCAUUCUAUUACAAAUAAUGUUAUCUAACUUUAAAUUUUAUUGAGUAACGCUUGGUUAUUAGUUGACAAUAGUUUGAUAUGAAAAAUGAAAAUUACGUGUGUGCGUUUAUUUAAAAAUGUAGCAAAGACUAUUAUACAGCAAACAGAAAAGGAGGUCACUAUAAAAGCGCCAUGGGGUAACAUUAGAGCGUUGUCUUGGGGCAACCCGUCCAAUCCCCCGGUGUUACUCUGCCAUGGCCGACUAGACGCGUGCACCUCAUUCCGUCCCCUGGCCAAGUUGUUGCCAGACACUUUGUUCUAUGUGUCCGUAGAUUUACCAGGCAACGGUCGCUCCGACCACUUGCCUAAAGGCGCAAGGUACACUGCAAUAGAUUUUGUACCUACUGUGCAGAAGAUUAAGGAUCAUUUUAAAUGGGAAAAAUUUGCGUUUAUAGGACAUUCGUUGGGUGUCAUUAUAGGAAAGUUCUACGAUAUAGCAUAUCCAGGAGACAUCUCUCGGAAAGUGGAACUUGAUCCUUUGCCAGCUUAUUUAACAUGUCCACCUGAGGAUCUCAGCGAAUGGUACAGAUAUAGCUACGAAAAUUUCUAUAGCGAAGAUAGGUACCGGAUAUUGACUUCCGGUUUGGAGACUGCACCCAAGUACACGUAUGAACAGGUUCUUAAAAUGACGAUGGAAUCCAGAAGACUGUCAAAGGAACCAGCAGAGCAAAUUCUAGAAAGGUCCUUGGUGCCGGCCGGGGACGGAUUGUAUAGAAUAACGUACGAUCAACGGAUGAAACUUUUGACAGUGUUGCCAUACUCGCCUGAACAAUUACAACAAAUAUAUACAUUAUCAACUACACCCACGUUUUGUAUUUUAGCCACAGACAGCAUUCAUGUUGGAUUUUAUGAUAAAACACCAUUUGUACGAGACGAAACACUUUGGCCCAAUAAGAAUUAUAAGUGUACAAUUGUCGAAGGUGGACACGAUGUGCAUGUCGAAAAUCCACAAUGUAUGGCCAAAGAUAUAUCUGAUUUUCUAUUAACAUAGAAUGAAAUAUUAAUUUUUAAUAGUCGAAUAUUAAUAUUUUUUAUUAACAUAUAAGGAAACAGAAACAGAAGUAUAUAUGUUUGUAAAAAAUCAAUAUUUGAUUUUUAAAAAUAAUUUAUUUAUUCACAGUAUUUUAUAGUUUUGGA